GCACACUGGCCGGGAGGGGGGCGGCCGGGCUGGAUGCAGCCUCCUUUCUGGCCUGAGCCGUAGGAAUAGACCUCUGGUGCUACCUUUGGAGAGUGAGGCAAAAGUUACUGUGAGUGUUGUGUUUUGUCUACUAAGGUUUCGGAGGAUUAAUAAUUUAGGCCGUACUUUGAAAUAGAAAACCCAGUUGGUUGUUCUGCUGUCUCGGAAGGGUUAGAAUCCAGCCAGGUCUGGUUUUGAUGUAUGUAAUUGAAGAUUUAUAAAGAAAGGCUUCCUCUUCGGCCUCGGCCACAGUCAUUUUUUUUCCGAUGCCGGUUCCCAGCAGGCAUAUAAAUAUUGGUCGAUCUCAGAGCUGGGAUGCUGCCGGGUGGUACGCGGGCCCCUGGGAGAUCGCCGAGCCUCCGGGGAGGAGAAACUCAUUGACGGACGGAGGCGGAGAGGGCCCUUGGCACGAGCGGCUGAACCCUGGGCUGCAGGAUGUCUCCAUGCCCGGGGCCGCCGAGCCCGGCCUCUACCGGGAAGCCUUCUACGACUCGGUGGCCGGAAGGAAGAGCUCCGUUCCCGACUUGGCCCUUUACGACAGCAGACAGGCGGUGAUGUCGGCUCGCGGAGCCCUGCUGCCGCGGGAUUACUGCAGUGACCCGGCCGCAGCCCCCCGGGCGCCCAGAGAGCCCCGGCACCACCGCGACCUGGGAGUCGGCCGGCUGCUGCCAGGUUACGGAGCCCCGGGCAGCAGGAUGACGUGGGAGCCAGUGCCAGGCCAGGUCCCCGCCCUGCAGGACUCUGGUCCCAGCUACCGGGAUCCCGGAGGUAAAACGGUCCCUCAGGGGCAGCGAUCGCAGAGCCGGGCCCCAUCACCCGCAAGGUACACUGGGGAGCCAGUGGAUGGCAGGUAUGCGGCAGAGGCACCCAUCUACCCUGCCAGCCAGGUCUACAACGAUGUGGGCGAAAGGCCUGUGGAUUCUGCCCUUGCCAGGCAGGUGGCCCCCACGUGCCUGGUCGUGGACCCCAGUGCCGUUGCUGCCUCCGAGGUGGCCACGGGGACAGUUCCGGGCACCCUGAACCGAGGCUAUGGGCCUGCCCGGGAAAGCGCCCACCCCAGGAUGGCUUACGAGGAUUGCGAGGCUGACCUGUCCGCCUUCCGGGGACCUGGCGGUGGGAAGAGGAGCGUGAUGCCUGAGUUUCUGGCCCUCUUGCGGGCGGAGGGCGUGGCGGAGGCCACACUGGUGGCCCUGCUGCAGCAGGGCUUCGACUCCCCAGCUGUUCUGGCCACGAUGGAGGACACGGAUGUCAAGUGUGUGGCGCCCAACCUGGGCCAGGCCCGCGUCCUGAGCCGCCUGGCCAGCAGCUGCCGGACGGAGAUGCAGCUGCGCCGGCAGGGCCGCGGGGGCCCCCUGCCCCGGACACGCUCCAGCAGCUUCAGCCACCGAGGCGAGCUGCACGGUGACCUGUCUGCUCUGGGCGCCUCGGCCCUGCAGCCCCCGCCGGUGGGUCCCCUGCAGGCGGCGUCUCCCCGGGCAGGAGACCACGCUCGCCGGCCCGCCAGCGCGCCGUCCCAGCAUCUCCUAGAGACGGCAGCUACCUACUCUGCCCCUGGUGUGGGCGCCCAGGCCCCCCACUUUCCCCCCAACUCUGGGUACAGCUCUCCCACCCCUUGCGCCCUCACAGCGCGGCUGGGCCCCGCGUACCCCCUGCAGGCCGGGGUGGCCUUGACCAACCCGGGCCCCAGGACAGCCUACUCCACGGCGUACACGGUGCCCAUGGAACUGCUGAAGCGGGAGUGCAGGGUGGCCGCGUCCCCCCUGCCCAGCCCUCACGGCAGCCCCCAGCUCCUGCGGAAGCCCGGCGUCCCCGUGGAGCCCUCCACCCUGCCACCGGCCAGCCAGAGCCUCCACACACCUCACCCGCCCUACCAGAAGGUGGCCCGGCGGACGGGGGCCCCUAUCAUCGUGUCCACCAUGCUCACACCGGAACCAAGCAUCCGCCCCCAGAUCAUGAACGGCCCCCUGCACCCCCGCCCCCUGGUGGCGCUGCUCGACGGCAGAGACUGCACCGUGGAGAUGCCAAUACUGAAGGACCUGGCCACCGUGGCCUUCUGUGACGCACAGUCCACGCAGGAGAUCCACGAGAAGGUUUUAAACGAGGCUGUAGGCGCGAUGAUGUACCACACCAUCACCCUCACCAGGGAGGACCUGGAGAAGUUCAAGGCCCUGAGAGUGAUCGUGCGGAUAGGCAGCGGCUACGACAACGUCGACAUCAAGGCCGCGGGCGAGCUCGGCAUCGCCGUGUGCAACAUCCCCUCUGCGGCCGUGGAGGAGACGGCCGACUCCACCAUCUGCCACAUCCUCAACCUGUACCGGCGGAACACGUGGCUGUACCAGGCCUUGCGGGAAGGCACGCGGGUCCAGAGCGUCGAGCAGAUCCGGGAGGUUGCCUCGGGAGCAGCCCGCAUCCGCGGGGAGACGCUGGGCCUCAUCGGCUUUGGUCGCACAGGGCAGGCAGUUGCUGUUCGAGCCAAGGCCUUUGGAUUCAGCGUCAUAUUUUAUGACCCCUACUUGCAGGAUGGGAUCGAGCGGUCCCUGGGCGUACAGAGGGUCUACACCCUACAGGACUUACUCUACCAGAGCGACUGUGUGUCUUUGCACUGUAAUCUCAAUGAGCAUAACCACCACCUCAUCAAUGACUUUACUAUAAAGCAGAUGAGGCAAGGAGCGUUCCUUGUGAACGCAGCCCGUGGCGGCCUGGUGGACGAGAAAGCCUUAGCCCAAGCCCUCAAGGAAGGCAGGAUACGAGGGGCGGCCCUCGACGUGCAUGAAUCGGAGCCUUUCAGCUUUGCUCAGGGUCCCUUGAAAGAUGCACCGAAUCUCAUUUGUACGCCCCACACGGCCUGGUACAGUGAGCAAGCCUCGCUCGAGAUGCGGGAGGCCGCAGCCACCGAGAUCCGCCGGGCGAUCACAGGUCGCAUCCCAGAAAGCUUAAGAAACUGCGUGAACAAGGAAUUCUUUGUCACAACAGCUCCCUGGUCAGUAAUAGAUCAGCAAGCAAUCCAUCCAGAGCUCAAUGGUGCCACAUACAGAUACCCGCCGGGCAUCGUGGGCGUGGCUCCGGGAGGACUGCCUGCAGCCAUGGAGGGCAUCAUCCCUGGGGGCAUCCCGGUGACCCACAACCUCCCCACAGUGGCACACCCUUCCCAAGCCCCCUCUCCCAACCAGCCCACAAAACACGGGGACAAUCGAGAGCACCCCAACGAGCAAUAGCAGAGAGUGACGAGGUAAAUCAUUCAGACACACCCGGGACCAAGAGACUGAGAAACAGAUGAACGGAGAGAAAAGGGAUUGGACAGUCUUUGUAACUGGGUCUGGACACAGCAUCACUGGCGUUGCAGCGUUAAAGCCACAGAAGAGCUGGAAGCCGAGACGUGGGAAAACGGAAGAGGAGGCCCUCUGCUCACGGAAGUGCUGAAAGAGACUAGGACGUGACGUAGUAACGACCAACUUCUGUUAUUGUGUGUUAAGUUUUUCAUCUGUGCAUCAAAUCACAAAGAAUAAAUAGAUCUUUUUCCUUUUAGUCCCUUGGGCACAGCAGGUCCUGAACGCCUUGCUCUAGAAUGUUGCAUCAAGAGUUCCAAACAUGAAAAUAAAAAUAUUAAGAGGAAA